UGGGGUGGGGUGGGGUGGGGGGUUGUUGGACUAGAGGAAUGCAGCUAUAGAAGCGGAGGGUGAUGGCCCAAGCUGCAGUUGUUGAAUCUACCUCCAAUUCUUUGCCACCUGGGGCAGCCAAUUCUGGUAUGACGAAGAAGAGGAAGACCCCUUCAGAACUCAGGGGGGAACAGUUGAAGCGGAGGAAUGCUCAGGUGAUUGGUGAAAAAACCUUGCCUCCUUUGCUGGCCUCAGACAGUGUAAAGAGUAAUGCGAUCAGGAGAAGUGAACAAUUAAAAAUUCCAAGGUACAUUACUACGCGUGUCAAUGAGGUCUAUCCUGUUAAAAAGUCAAGUGAGAGAUGCAGAGUAUUUAAUGGAGAUGAGAAGGCCAAGGUGUCUUCCACUAUCAGUGGAUUUUCUAAUGAUGUUCCUAGUCCUGCUGCUUCUUUACCAGCAGAGGGCGAACCAUCGAUUUUGCGUGAAAAUCCUAGCCUCAUUAACAAAUCUGAAGGAUCUGACCAAUCUGCCAGAGACAUAAGUGAACAAGGUUUUCGGACGAUUGAAAAGUGUAGCCAAAAUGUGUUGCGCAAUGUUGUUCAGCUUCAUAUGGGAGAUGAGAAUCUUACCAAUUGUGCCAAAAUUGAUAUGGAAAAAGCACUUAGAGGGUUGGUAGCUCGUGAAAUUCCUUCUACCUCAGUUUCAUUGGCUGUCUCUUCUGGAAAAGUUGGUGGUUUUCCUACGAAUUCUUCAAGCAGUUCUUUUUCUGAAUUUGAGAUUCCAGGUUCAAGAGUACCUUUUGAUUUUACCUUAAAAACCACUCUGCGGUUGGUUUCGUCGUCCUCAGUGAAAUGGUGCCACAGAUUAUGUGCAAGUCCU